AUGGCCGCCUACAAGCUGGUGCUGAUUCGGCAUGGUGAGAGCACGUGGAACCUGGAGAACCUCUUCAGCGGCUGGUACGACGCCGACCUGAGUCCGGCCAGGCACGAGGAGGUGAAGUGCGGCAGGCAGGCACUGCGAGAUGCUGGCUAUGAUUUUGACAUCUGCUUCACCUCAGUGCAGAAGAGAGCAAUUCGGACCCUCUGGACAGUGCUGGAUUCCAUUAACCAAAUGUGGCUGCCAGUGGUGAGGACUUGGCGCCUUAAUGAGAGACACUAUGGGGGCCUGACUGGCCUCAAUAAGGCGGAAAUUGUUGCCAAGCAUGGUGAGGCCCAGGUAAAGAUCUGGAGGCGCUCCUAUGAUGUCCCACCACCUCCAAUGGAGCCUGACCAUCCCUUCUACAGCAACAUCAGUAAGGAUCGUAGGUAUGCAGACCUCACUGAAGAUCAGCUGCCCUGCUGUGAGAGUCUGAAAGACACUAUUGCCAGAGCUCUGCCCUUUUGGAAUGAAGAAAUAGUUCCCCAGAUCAAGGAGGGGAAACGAGUACUGAUUGCAGCCCAUGGCAACAGCCUUCAGGGCAUCGUGAAGCAUCUGGAGGGUCUUUCCGAAGAGGCUAUCAUGGAGCUGAACCUGCCAACUGGCAUUUCCAUUGUCUGUGAAUUGGACAAGAACUUGAAGCCCAUCAAGCCCAUGCAGUUUCUGGGGGAUGAAGAGACCGUGCAUAAAGCCAUGGAGGCCGUGGCUGCCCAGGGCAAGGCAAAGAAGUGA